UUGACGAUUCACUCGGUCCUGAAUAGAUCUAUAUCCGGAGUUUAAUUACAAUCAAUGGACUUAUCCGCAAUUAAAAUAUGCUAGUGGAUCAAACUGUUUUAAUCCAUUUGUGAAUAAAUUCCCCUCGCGAUUAAAUAAUGAAUACCAAUUGAUUGCCUUCAUUAAUAAAAUAGUCUUUCCGAUCGAUAAGAAUCGCAUCAGAUACCGAUAAAUAAAUUCCCGUGACUGUUUGAUAUCUGGUGAAGUGUGUAAAAAUGACGCAAGUCCAUGGAGACCCAGAGACAUGUACGUCAUUGGCUCGUGGAACAUGUCGCAGCCAAAAGUGUCUGAUUGCGUCAUUGAUCUCGAUGACCAUCUCCAGCGUAAUCGUCUUCAUCAUAUUUUGGUGCACGAACUUCUUCUCUGAUAUAAUAAUAUCGAACCUAGUGGUGACGAAGAACUCCCCAAUGCUCGAGUGGUGGGUGCGUCCGCCGAUCCGCGCGGCCUACAAAAUCCGAAUUUUCAAUUACACGAACAUCGCGGAGUUCACGAGGGGAAAGGACACGAAGUUGAAAGUGCAGGAGGUUGGGCCCUACAUCUACAGGGAGACCCUGACGAGGGUGAACACGGUGUUCUACCCGAACGGAACGCUGUCCUUCCAGGAGAGACGCUCGUUCCAGUGGGAGGGGGGCAGCCCGGAUGAUGAUAUUGUUGUUGUGCCGAAUAUCCCACUGUUAACGACGAUGGCAUUCGCGAGGGACAUGUCCAUCGUGACGCAGUUGGGGCUGACUUUUGCCAUUAGCACCUUCAUACCUCAGACAUUUGUGACGCUUCCGGUUGGGGGAUUCCUGUGGGGAUAUGACGACAAGCUGUUCGAUGCGGCCAAGCCGCUACUGAGCAUCCUGGGGGAGGUGCCGAUGGAGAAAUUCGGAGUGCUUGCGAUGAAAAACGGAGUAUCGAAAGACGUGCUGACGAUGCACACGGGUGAGGGCGAUCUGUCGAAAAUGGGGAUGAUCGAGCGUGUGAAUGGCAGGGAGAAUGGCAAUAUCUGGGGGGAUGAUGACUGUGACAGGGUUCAAGGGUCUGCGGGCUUUCUCUAUCCACCCGAGAUGUACCGAGAUCCGUCGAAGUCUUUGAAUAUUUAUGCUCCUGACAUGUGUCGCACGUUUAAGCUUGACAGAGUGGGGGACGGAUCCUCUUAUGGAAUCCCAACUAUGAGCUUCAAACCACCAGUAGAUGGUUUCAAUUUCUCCCCCGAAAAAGACCACUGUUUCUGCCCCAGAAAGUCCAAAUACAGAAUAAAUACGUCGGACCGAACGUGCCCUCCCAAGGGGAUCUUCAACGUCUCUGCGUGCACCCUCGACACCCCGAUGGUGGCCUCAUUUCCCCAUUUCUUCGGAGGAGAACCCAGUCUGUUUUCCAAUAUAGAAGGCUUGAACCCAAAGGCUGAACUCCACCAAUCCCACCUGGAGCUCCAUCCGAGAUUAGGAUUGCUAAUAGGCGGUCACUCAAGAAUCCAAAUAAACGUAGAAGCGCGAAAAGCCACUGGCGUCCCAUUCCUCGAGAACAUCAAAGACGGUCAAAUCCUCCCGAUCCUCUGGAUCGAAAUCGGAAUAGACUCGAUGCCCGAGAACAUCCUAAGUCUGCUGAAUCACGCCUACUUCACAGUCGGCAUCGUCGAGGCCUUCUUCCAAUGGGGCAGCGUCAUCGGCAUGCUCUUCUCCACCUCAGGCUUACUCUUCCUCCUCCAAAGAAACAAGAAACAACACGCUGUCCUCAAGAGGAACAGAUCGGCCCAGGAUAAACUCCUCCAAGAAAGUGGUUGAAAGCAGAAGAGUGUUGAACUCGUGAAAACUUCUCAGAACAAUUCCAAAAAAGAGAGCAAGCGAUUCUCUAGAGCAAGAAUGUUCGAAUAGUCAGCGAAAACGAGAUGUCUUCUCAUUUUCAUUCUGUUGUUGUCGAAAGCCCAUUCGCUUUUUGCCUGAAGACGUAGGGGAGUUGUAAUAAGACUGUUACGUUAAGAACUACUGUCUCAGUAAUUUAUUUUAUGUGACUUAGGUCUAGUAAUUCAAUAGUGAAGUGAAAAACAUUGUUGAAUGAUCUUGACAACGAAAGGAUCCUCAAGGCAAUUGUCGAGAGACACUUCCGCUGAGAAUACCUGACAUUCCCUAAAUCAUCUGCUUCAAAUGAACAUAGAUAAUUACAAGAAUUAUCGAAGACUAGGUCAGCUCAUCACUUCACUAUUAAAUUGUCCUCAACAAAUGCUCAACAAUUCCCCCCCCCCCAAUUACAUAAUUCCAUGACACAAAAAAUGGCAAGACACUUUCUUAGUAUUCUCAACUAACAAAUAAAUCAACUAGUUUACAAACGAGGAUUAAUUGAAUUGUAAAUGGGCAACAGCUAGUUGGUAAUUACAAUCAUGUAUUGAUAUAAUUAUAAGACGCGAUGACAACUCAAAUAAAAUUCAAAUGAGAUUAAA